CUUGCGCUUUGCUUGUGAAAAGCAAACACCAAGGAAAAAAAAAAAGGUAUUCGAAUUGUUGUCGCUCCUCCCCCCCUCAACACACACACAAACAAGCGAGACUCCACCACACACAAACAAGCUCCCACCCCUCCUUCAGACCAGAUCAGACCAAGCAACCAGUGCACGAGCAUCGCCCGCUCGCUCGCUCACUCGCUCGCUCCAGCCAUUCUUGUGCAUUGAUUGAGAGACCCGACACACGCUCGCAGCAGCACAACCCUUCAGCAUGGCGCUUCCCGGCCACAAGCUCGGUCAGACCGAGAACUUGACUGAGCUUGAGAACCUGAACGAGGAGACCCUCCUGGCCGAGCUCAAGGCCCGCUACGACCGCGAUGUCAUCUACACGUAUGUUGGUGAGAUUCUCGUGGCGGUGAAUCCGUUCAAGAUGAUUGAGGGCAUCUACGAUGUGUCCAAGAGCGUUGUCUACGCCAAUAUGGGCGACCGCUCUGCCGAGCCGCCGCACCUCUUCGCCGUGGCCGACGGCGCCUUCCAGGCCAUGGUCAACACGGCGCCCGGCCCCACCGCCAACCAGGUGUGCGUCAUCUCUGGCGAGUCCGGCGCUGGCAAGACUGAGUCUGCCAAGCUCUUCAUGAAGCACAUUAUCUACCUCUCCACCAAGACCAGCUCCAAUGCUGAAGGCAACGCUGCGCACGGUCUCGAGGAGAAGAUUAUCCAGCUGAACCCGCUGCUGGAGGCGUUUGGUAACGCCCAGACGCUCAUGAACGACAACUCGUCCCGAUUCGGAAAGUUUGUCCAGCUCCGCUUCAACGCCUCCCACCACAUCGAGGGCGCGCUCAUGUCGGACUAUCUGCUGGAGAAGUCGCGUGUUGUGAACCAGGGCGACGGUGAGCGCAACUUCCACGUGUUCUACCUCUUCUUCGCCGGCCUCACCGACGCCGACCGCGAGCGCUACUCCCUCAGCGACCCGGAGGAGCACAGGUACAUCAACGGGAACGACGUUGCGCUGGGCGACAUCAGCAGCGGCAAGCUCGGCCCCAUGUACAAGGAGCUUGCAGAGUGCAUCCGCAUUGUCGGCUUCACAGACCAGCAAAUGAACAACCUGUGGGCGUUGCUUGCAGGCAUCCUGCACACGGGUGACAUUGAGUUUGGCGGCGACGAGGAGGCGUAUCUUGUGAGCGCUGACGAUGUUGUUGCAAAGUGCACCACCAACCUCGGCAUUGUGCAGGACGUCCUUGUCGAGGCCCUCACAAGCUCCAUCAACAUCACCAGAGGCGAGUCGAUUGUGCGCAAGUACAAGCCGUACGAGGCCGAGGACGCACGUGACGCCAUGGCGAAAUCGCUGUACGGAAAGGCGUUCCGCUGGAUUGUGAACCAGGUCAACAAGCUGCUUGGCCCCAAGACAAAGCGCAUGAACCCAACGGACAAGAACAUUGGCAUCCUUGACAUCUUUGGGUUUGAGUGCUUUGACGUGAACAGCUUUGAGCAGCUGCUGAUCAACCUUGCCAACGAGCGCCUUCAGCAGUUCUUCAACGACCACAUCUUCAAGAUGGAGUUGGACGAGUAUGCCAAGGAAGGUGUGGACGGCAGCAAGAUCACGUACGAGGAUAACACGGCGCUGCUGGACCUGUUUAUGACGCGCCCGACGGGUCUCCUUGCCCUGUGCGACGAAGAGGCCCUCUUCCCCAAGGGCAGCGAUAAGUCCAUGGUGGAGAAGUUCCACUCCAACCUCCACGGCAAGAAGGGCUACGAGAAGCCGCGCGGCAACGACCCCAAGUUCACCAUCCACCACUACGCCGGCCCUGUUGAGUACCAGGCGGAGGGAUUCAUCGACAAGAACCGCGACACCCUCCCCAUUGACGUCGUCGGCGCACUCCGCCUCAGCGACAACGACCUGGUGCGCGAGCUGUUUGAGGGCGACACGGAGGACGCCGCUGCCGCCAAGAAGGGCAAGGGCAAGCGCGACGCCGCGAACGCAAAGAAGAACCUCAGAAAGUCAAUGAAGAAGGCUGCCAAGGCGCAGGCGAAGGCGAAGAAGACGACGGUGGGUGCGGACUUUAAGGACUCACUGAUCAAGCUCAUGGCAGAGAUGUCCAACGCCAGCCCACACUUUAUCCGCUGCAUCAAGCCAAACCACCAGAAGGCGCCCGGGAUGUUUGAGGACGAGAUGGUGACCAAGCAGCUGCGGUACACGGGUAUGCUCGAGACAACGCGCAUCCGCAAGGAGGGUUACGCCUUCCGCCCGACCUUUGGCGACUUCCUGCACCGCUACAAGAUGCUUGGCUUCCCCUUCUCCGCCAACCCGCCCGCCACCGCUGCCAGCUGCACGCAGGUGCUGGACAAGGCCGGCAUCACCGGGUGGCAGGUCGGCAAGACCAAGGUCUUCCUGCGCUACUUCCACAUUGACGAGCUCAACGAGAAGUUCCUCCCCUUCCCGCUCGCCGCCCAGAAGCUCACAAAGGUUGCGCGCGGGUUCAAUGCGCGCGCUGAGGUGCGCAAGCUCAAGGCUGCAGCCGCUGAGGAGGCAAAGCGCGUGAACCGUCUCUUCACCACCGCCGAGCAGCUCAUCAACGACACCCACUCUGUGCUGCUGGCGCUGUGCGACGAGGAUAACGCGCGCCCAGCCGACUUUUUUGUCAAGCCCGCGCCAAAGCCCAAGGAGUACCAGGACAAGGCCAUGCAGAAGCUGGCCAAGAAGGCCCAGAGCAAGAAAGCCCAGAGCAAGAAGGGCUUCUCCCGCGCUCAGUCGAUCAAGUGGUUCCGGGAGGUUGAGAUGAAGAAGGGCGCCGGUGUGUCGUCUGCAGGCACCUUUGAGGAGUGGUUCCACGGUGUCAUCACCCGCAAGCAGUCGGAGGAGCUCUUGCAGGACAAGCAGCCAGGCACCUUCCUCGUUCGCGUCUCCGAGAGCCGAUUCGGCUACUCACUCUCCCACAAGGUGGCGAAUGGCCAGCGCAUCAAGCACUACAUGAUUGACCAGACCCCAGAUGGACAGUACCAGGUUGUCGGAAACCGCAAGCUCUUUGGCUCGCUCAAUGAGCUGGUGCAGUACCACCAUACACACAAGAUUGUCUCUGGCGACCCUGUGUGCCUCGUGCACCCGUGCGGCCAGGAGGGCGAUGUGGAUGACCGCGCAGAACUUGUUGACAAGAAGCACCGCAACAUGCUCGGCUGAGCGACGGUUGCUGAUUGCAUGAGCGGUAGCGUUCUUGGUGAUAUCUUGUCUGGUGUGUGUGCGUGAGUGUGCGUGCGUGCUUGGUUUUGGUUUGUUUCUCUUCUCCUUUGCUUCGUCUUUUUUUUCCCCUCGAGUUCACCUUUGUCUUCGCCUUCUUUUCCUCCGCGUCCUUCCUUGCUUGCUUGUCUGGGGGUUGGACUCUUUGGUUGUGUGUUAGCUUUACGCGUGAUGGAAAUGGCGGUUGUGGUGGUUGUGGUGGUCGUGGCGUGGCGGUGUCAUGCCUGCCUCGCUUCCACCUCGCUCGCCUGCCCUUUCCCGUUGCUUUUGGUGUCACCUAUCGUGUCCUCGUUUCCGAUAAACAGAUGGUGUGGAGAAGA